UAUGAGUAAUCAUUUGUCGCAAAAUGGCUGACUGGCAGGGCAAUUAUUCUGUCACAACAACGACAGAAGAUCAAAUGUCAGCAUUUACGGAUAAGCUUAUUAAAAGAGAAGAGGAAAGACAAACACAGCUUCAAAAACGUAGAUUAGAGGAAAGUGAACAGUCGUUCAAAAUUCAAGAUAGUGUUCGAAAUUUUUUAGACUCAUUCAAAUCUGAACGUCGUGAUCUGGAAACUUCGUUAGCUGAGUCAAAAAGUGUGGAGUCCUCAAAACUAGUUGAGCACUUUGACAUCCUUUCGCAACGUGUUUCAAAAUUACAACGAUAUGUUUCCGAGUCAGCAAUGUUUCUGCCUCCUUACGAGCUAAAAACGGCACAAAAUCUUUUGACAUCAUUGCAGGCAAAAAUCCAAGAAAAACGAGAGGAACUACUACCUAAAAAAAGAUUUGCAUUUAAAUCAUCAAAUAAAAAGGCUGAUAAAAGAACAGUUGUAUCAGUUGGAAAUAAAAGUGAAGAAACGGCAAAAGACUCAAAAUCUGAAGAUGAUCUUGUGAUAGAAUUAGCAGCAUGCAAAUUUGUUGGCACAUCAAAUAAAACUCUGCAGAAAAACGGAAAUGAAAUUAACCAAAAAGACAUUGCUUUGGCAAAUCUGACCGACUGUGUUGUGCUUUUAUAUGGAGCUCCCUCAGCAAUUCACAUGAAUAAGUUAAAGAACUGCAAAAUUUUCAGUGGACCUGUGCCUGGAUCAAUAUUUAUCAGAGACUGUACUAACUGUACAUUUGUGUUAGCUUGUCAGCAACUUAGAAUUCAUUCAACAACCAAUUCUCAUUUUUAUAUUCAUGUAACAAGUAAAGCAAUCAUAGAAGAUUGUAAUGGUAUUAAAUUUGCACCAUGUAAUUGGACUUACGAUGGCCAAGAUGAAGAUUAUGCAUUGUCUGGGCUUUCCAAAGAGCGCAACAACUGGGACUCAGUUGAUGACUUUGACUGGUUGGCAGCGGACGCCCAUUCUCCAAAUUGGUCAAUUCUUGAUGAGUCAGAACGUGUUGCUUCAUGGAAUGUUUAGAUUUUUUUUUAAAUCUUCUUAUUUCAAAGUAAAAUAAUAUUUUAAAACUAAUGUGAUCGAGGCAGAGUUAUUUUUAUUUUUUAUUGUUUUUUUUUACCUAAAUUUGACUACAACUAUAUUUAACCUUUGGAAGUUCAUAUAAAAGAAAAUGAAAAAAGAAACUGCAUUUUAAGUGUUAGAAGGCUUCAUUAAUAUUUAAACCCCCCACUUACUAAAAACUAUUUAUUAAAAUGUGAAUAAACCAACAUGAAAUAUUGAAAUGAAAAUGAGAUUGACAUAAUUUUAGUACCCAUUUUAGUCAAGGCCAAUGUAUACUAUUACUUUUUAUCCUUUUAUAAAAAAAUCUGUAAUUUUAAUCCAAAUAAGUUUGUUGUCAAAAAGCACCAUAAUAUUAUCAUUUUUUUUAUUCUCGGAUUAAAUAGCUUUUAUUUCAUAAUUAGUAACUUUGUUAUUAGUACACACUACAGAUUUACAAAUAGAUGCACACUAUUUAAUUUGUAUGAUUUAUGACCCUCCAAUUAGAAGAAUAUAAUAUGGAGAGUUUCAUCCAAAUUUUUAUUUAAAUACAUUUGGCAGGGAAAUGAAUUAAUGUUAAGGAUACCUGGUACAUAAAUUGGGUUAAAACCAGCUGUUUGUCUCACCUAGAACCUUCUAUUUUGAUGCUGAACACGAAACUGUCAAAGAUUCUAAAUCUAAGCCAUUAUUAGCACCCUUUUGUAUUGAAAGAAAAUUCAUAAUCGGUGUCAAAUGGCUUCAAUGUUAAUUUUAAAAAUUGUAAGUUAAAUAAAACUUUUUGAAACUUGCCCACUCAAAUCAGCAUAACUUUUGCUGAUUGAAAAAACUUUAUUUUUGAAAUAAGUCUACCAUGCAUGUUUUUUUUCAAAAUUAAAUUUAGCUGGUCUUUGUGUACAGUAAAAGACAUGAUCAAAUGAUUUUUCUCAUAUUUAUCUCAAAUUUACUCCUUUAUAUUUUUGUGGAGUUAGUCAUUUCACGACAAUUAUUAUAUAAUUGGUGAUUAAAAUGUUGAUAGAUAAAAACAUUUUGUAUAAGCAAAGUAUUUUUCUUGAUCUUUAUUCAAAAUUAUUAAAUGGUGUUAUUGUAAUUAAGUUUAUUAUUUAGAUGAGAGACUUGCCAGUAUAUCUUGAAAAGAGACACUAACAUAACAGACAAUAACAUACCAGUAAUUAAGUAAAUGGAUUUUGGGUGGCGGGUUUGAAAAUUUUAUUUUUAUGCCGGAUAGACUAAAUGAAUUUUCUGUGAACUCAACUUUUAGGAUGCCCAUAUAAGUUUAAGGCAUGUCUUAAAUGUACUUAAACAUGGCUUUUUAAUUAUAGUUAUCUAUACAGCCAUUUUUUAUUGAAUUUUGAAAAAAUAAAUUUUACAUCCUUCACCUACCGUAGUCAUCUAGAUGUAAAUUCUUAAUAAGCUAUGUUGAGUCAGAGAGAAGAGUGAGGUAUGUGGCAGUGAUAAAAUAUUUAUGAUGCAAACCAAUGCCAAGUUUUGUAGUGGAAAGGCAAAUAAAACAUAAGAAAGGACUUCAUUCUUUGUGUUAUUAAACUAUUUUUUAAAGUCAAGUUGUCACAAUUAUUUCUAAUGCAAGGUUAACUAAUUUGAUCAACUACCAAGUACUACAUGUUUACUUUUGCUUGAUCAUUAAGGGAAAGUAAACAUUAAGUCAUUGAUUAAUCCCUUUAUGUAGGCCUACACGGUGUGUGUUAAAUGGCUUAAUCUUGACAAUUUUUAUCCCUUUCUCAUACACAGAGCCAGUAGAACGAUUGCUCAGACGCCCAUAAUUUUUAAGCACCA